CACAAACUUAGAAACCAAAGACCACCACCAACUUAUAAUCCUACUCUCUCUUUCUUUUUUUCUAUAAUAUCCACAACCAAAAUAAAAAUUCAAUCUCUGUAACACUCUGUUUCUAUCGAAAGAGAAAAGAGAUAGAGAUCGAAGGAUGAGUCAAGAAACCAUCGCCGAUCCUCUUCUAGGUAUCUACGACCAUGAUGAAACAGCUGUCGGAGAGAAGAAGAAACAGAGUAGUAGAGUUCUAAAGGUUGCUCUUUUACUGGUUCUGAUUCUUGUCGGAGUUUCAGGUUUUAACUUUAGUGACAACAUUAAGAUUUUGUUGUCAAGACAAGCAAUUGAUGAUGAUCAUAGUGUUAGUCAUGGAACCGUUAGUGACGUGGUUGAAUCGGAGAAUGGCAUUGUGGCUGCUGACGAUGGUCGUUGCUCUGAGAUUGGUGCCUCUGUUCUUAGAAGAGGUGGCCACGCGGUUGACGCAGCCGUUGCUACUACUUUAUGUGUGGGUGUUAUUAAUCCAAUGUCUAGUGGUAUUGGUGGUGGAGCUUUCUUGAUCGUUAGCUCGCAGGAAAAUUCCAAAGCUGAGGCUUUUGAUAUGAGAGAAACUGCUCCUUUAGCUGCUUCUAAGGACAUGUAUAAGAAUGAUGCGAGUGCGAAAUCAGUUGGCGCUUUGUCCAUGGGAGUUCCAGGAGAGAUAGCUGGACUUUACGAGGCUUGGAAACGGUACGGCCGUCUCCCGUGGAAACCGCUUUUCGAGCCGGCGAUUGAGUUGGCCAGAGGCGGUUUCGUGGUGCAUCCAUAUCUCGCACGGGCUAUAGCAAGCCACGCUUCCAAGAUACUUAACGACCCGGGUUUGAGGAGUGUCUUCUCACGUAACGGACAAGUUUUGAAACCUGGUGAGACUUGCUAUAACCCGGAACUAGCUAGGAGUCUUGAGACUAUUUCUGAGCAAGGACCGGGAGCGUUCUAUAACGGGACAGUAGGUGAGAAGCUUGUUAACGAUGUGAAAAACGCUGGAGGGAUCAUAACGAUGGAUGAUCUAAGAAGUUACAAAGUCAGAGUUACGGAUGCAAUGUCUGUGAAUGUUAUGGGUUACACGGUUCAUGGAAUGCCGCCUCCUUCGAGCGGUACAGUCGGUUUUGCGAUGGUUAUGAAUAUCUUGGAUAGUUACUCGAACCUUUACACUGCUUCGGGAAAAGAUCUUGAGCUGCAUCGUUUGAUAGAAGCAAUGAAACAUAUGUUUGCAGCUCGUAUGGAUCUUGGAGACCCUGAGUUCGUUAACAUUACAAACGCUAUGAACCAAAUGCUCUCCAAGACUCACGCGGGAGAAAUCCGAAAGAAGAUUUUUGACAACACGACAUUCCCACCCGAGUACUAUAUGAACCGGUGGAGCCAACUAAGGGACCAAGGGACGAGUCAUUUCUGCAUUGUGGAUGCUGAUCGAAACACUGUGUCGAUGACCACAACAGUGAAUUACGCUUUUGGUGCCAAGGUUUUAUCACCUGCCACUGGUAUUGUGCUAAACAACGAGAUGGAUGAUUUCUCGGCACCUACAGAGAUCACUACCGACAUGCUUCCUCCAGCUCCUACAAAUUUCAUUGAACCAAACAAAAGACCAUUAUCUUCCAUGACACCUCUCAUAGUCACCAAGGAUGGUGAGUUGGUGGCAGCGCUUGGAGGAGCUGGCGGAAUGAAUAUAAUUGCAGGGGUGCUUCAAGUGUUCCUUAAUUGCUUUGUGUUGAAUAUGAAACCUUCAGAAGCCGUAGAGAGUGCAAGAGUUUACCAUAGGUUGAUACCGAAUGUUGUUCAAUAUGAGAACUUCACGGCGAUCAGUGGCGAUUACAUAGGGCUUACAGAAGAUACAAAGAUGUUUUUAGCAGAGAGAGGACAUGAAUUUGAGGAGGUUUCAGGUAAAGCUAUUGUUCAACUUAUUGUUCAGAGUUUCAAGGAAGACAAAGAAGAAGAUAUGUUUAUUGAAAUUGGAAGAAAAUUUGGAAAGAAGUCGAAACAAUUGAAGGGGUUACUCACUGCAGUUAGUGAUCCUCGAAAAGAUGGGAAACCAGCUGCAGCUUGAUUCAAUUGUAAAUCAGUCAUUAAGUUUGCUAGUUAUGAUGAUUUCCUCAUUUUCUAUCAUAUAAAGUUGAUUAAAGAUGUAUGAACUUCAAAACAAGAUUUGGUGGGAUAUGUACAGAACCAAAGUUGCAGUUGA